ACGAAAUAGCAGCAAUUAGUUAUGGUAGAUAUACCAACUUGACUAAGUCGGGUCAAAAAAAGGCCACAAACACUCAUGUCCACAAAUAUAAUUCUAACUGUAAGAAAUAUCACGGUAUAAGGAUUCUAGAGCGAUGACCUACCUUCAGAUCAGCCUUUCCACGGCAUCACUCCAGAAUCAUUAUCCAAACCAUUGGCCAAAAUUAUGCUAGCUGUUACCUUUGGAUAGGCUAAUAACUUCCGAACAGAGCAGAUUACCUUUGAUGUCGCUGAGUUUGACACUGCGUAUAAUGUCAUCUUAGGGAGAACUGCACUCGCGAAGUUCGUGGCGGAAUCCAAUUGCUUAAGGAUGUGUUUGGAUGGACGAAUAGGCUCAGAUAGGAUAUGGCCGCCCAAAUUUUGGAUGUGUUUGGAUGGAGGGCAGUACUAGGAUAUGGCCACCAUAUAGGGAAUAUUCCCUCCAGAUGUCGGCUCUGUGCGAUUCGGCCGGAUGGGGCGGCCCAGCGACCGCGCACCUCGCGCACGUCAACAAGACCGCAUGUAGCACCUUCUCCCAUCCUUUUCUCUCUUUUUUUCCUCUCUUCUCACCGCUUCACCUAUGCCGACCAAAACCCUAGCUCUCCUCCCUCCUCUGUAAAAAUAUCAACCGGCGGCGCGGGCGGCUGCUGUCGGAGGCGCGAGCGGCGUGGACGAGGAUUUCCGGCGGCGCGGCGGCGAGUCCAGGCGGCGCGGCGACGACUCCAGGCGGGAGGCGCGGCGGCGACCACAGGCGGUGCGGCGGCGACUCUAGGCAGCAAGCCGAUGACGACUCCAGAGAAAAAAAUCAUAUUCACUUUUCCAUUCCUUUUCAAAUCAAGAUAUAGUACAAAUCCAAGCAUAUUUCUUGUUUUUUGGGGAUUGAUUUGUUCAGAUCUGAGUGCUAUAGUUGUUUCUAAGCAUGGGCAUGAAUGUUUAUAGAGUGCUAUGGUUGCUAUUUUGUGAUAUUUUGUUCAGAUCUGAGUGAUAUAUGUUGUAUGACUCAAUAUAUGCGUGCAUGAAUGUGGUAGACCUGAUUUGGUCAAACUUUGACAUUGUAGAUGGACAGCAGAACACGGUUUCUGAUUUAUGCGGCUGCAUCAUAUAUGUUGUUGGGAAUGAUGGCUAUGGUUAUCGAGUCUAGAAAUAAGAAAAGGAAAAGGGUUCCAAGGAGAGAAGGGAUUACCUAUGGGCCAAUAGAUGAAAGGGAUAGGAAAAGAUUUGAUUAUCUUAAUGACAUGAUUUGGAAAAACGGUACCAUCUGUGUGAACAUGCUUAGGCUUUGAAGAGCACCUUUUUUCCGUUUUUAACUUUUUAGGGAUCGUGGCUUGCUUGUGGAUACUAUACAUAUGCCUGUUGAAGAGCAAGUGGCUAUGUUUUUACAUACAUUUGGGCACAAUGUUAGAAAUAGGGUAGUUGCCACUAAUUUUUAUAGGUCCGGUGAAACUAUUAGCCGAUAUUUCAACCUAGUCCUUCAUGCUGUUGGUGAGCUGAGAAAGGAAUUAAUAAGGCCACCCUCAAUAACGACUCCAUCAAAAAUAUUAGGGAACCCAAUGUGGGAUCCUUAUUUUAAGGUAUGAUCCACAACUAGUUGUACACCAUUAUUUGUAGACGAAAAAUUAUGCCCUUUUAAAAUAGGAUUGUAUUGGAGCUAUUGAUGGCACACAUGUACGAGUCUCUGUUACCAAAGAUAUGGAGCUUUCUUUUCGUGGUAGGAAGGAUCAUGCUACUCAAAAUGUAAUGGCAGCUAUAGAUUUUGACCUUAAGUUCACAUAUGUGUUGGCUGGUUGGGAGACGACAGCACAUGAUGCUGUAGUUUUACGUGAUUCUAUAGAGCGUACAGAUGGCCUUCGUGUCCCACAAGGUAAUGUAAGUCCAACUUGUGCAUAGAAAAAUUAUUCACAAAAACACAUUUCACCAACUUGUCCUUAUAUGUUAGGAAAAUUCUACCUAGUUGAUGUGGGAUAUGGAGCAAAACCUGGAUUUUUACCCCCUUUUCGUGGUGUGAGGUAUCACUUGAAUGAGUGGGGGUCUAAUCCUGUACAAAAUGAGAAGGAGCUAUUCAAUUUGAGGCACUCAUCUCUUCGGGUCACCGUUGCGCGUGCAUUUAGGUCUCUCAAGAGGAGGUGGAAAAUUUUAGAUGAUGCUAGUCCAUUUUUUCCCUAUCCAACUCAAGUGGAUAUUGUGGUAGCUUGUUGUAUUAUUCAGAAUUGGAUUAUAGAAGAUGGUGGUGAUGAUUUUAUCAUAUCAGAGGAAGAAUGAAUAGCCAACUACAAUUAUGCAACAUCAAGAAGUGGGCAAGCUAGUGAGCAUGCAUACAUGGUUCAGUUUAGGCAGGAUACCGCAGACCAAAUGUGGGAAGAUCGUCAAACUCACCAUGGAAAUUGAAAAUUUUAGAUUUGUAGUCUAUGUAUUUGUAUGGAACUCUAAGACUUAUGUACUCCUUUUUAAGAAUUAUGUAUUUGCUGACAUGUAUUUGCUUGUUGAAAUUUAUUGUUUGCUGAAAUUUGUAUGCUUGUUGAUAUUUAUAGUGGUUGCUGAAAUUUAUAUGUAAGCUGAAAUUUAUAUGUUUGCUGAAAUUUGUAGUGGUUGCUGAAAUUUAUAUGCUUGCUGAAAUUUAUA